CCAACUCGCGCCGUUCGCUUUCGUGUCAGUCGCGUUCUGCACGACACGACGGUGUGUAAAAGCGUAGAAUUGUCGUCGCGUUUUUUUGAGAAAAAAUAUAUAUUGUUUUCCCUUAAUCUCCCACCUAUAGAUUUUCACUGCGUGUAUUUGGAAGCAAGGUACAGCUUUGGCUUCUCCAUUUGACUCUUCUCCCUCUAGAUCGUUCGUACGAGGGCCAAAGACCCAAAUAUUAUUAGUUUUUAUUUGCUUUUUUUACGUCGUUGUGCGUGGAUAACGAUACAUUUUGUGAACGAAAAGAAACGUAAGUGAUAAACGCGUAGUGUUAAAUUCAACGAUCAGCCGACGAAUGCGUAACAUAUUCAUGUACAUGGAGUUUGCAAAAGGAUAGGAAAAUGCUGGGAGACGAUCCGCCGUAUCUUUCCGUUGGUACGGAGGUGAGCGCCAAGUACAAGGGUGCAUUCUGUGAAGCAAAGAUCAGGAAGGUGGUACGCUCUGUCAAGUGCAGAGUAACGUACAAGCAGGGAUUAGGAACGGCGACGGUGACGGAUGAUCAGAUAAAAGGAACGCUGAGAGUGAGCGCGUCUGUAGAGGCAAAACAUGCGGAUAGGAAAGAAUUUGUGGAGGCAACCAUAACAAAAAUACAGGAUUGCAGCCAGUACACAGUGGUAUUCGACGACGGGGAUAUUACGACACUUAGAAGAACGGCCUUAUGUUUAAAAAGCGGACGACACUUUGCAGAAAGCGAAACUUUAGACCAGCUGCCAUUGACUCAUCCAGAACAUUUUGGAAAUCCUGUUAUCGGUGGCAGACGCGGCAGACGUUCCAGGCAAGCGCAAGAUGAUAGUAGCGAAGACGAGGGCAGCCCACCUCGGGGUAAUCGGGAUUCAGGCUCCGGCAUCGGUGGGAAAGAAGGAGUCGAGACUGAGCCGGAAAUCGGUCGAGUAGUUUGCGUUGAAUUGGGCGACAAGAAAAAGAAGGAUUAUUGGUUUCCGGGACUGGUCGUCGCACCGACUGCACAAGACACCGUGAGAAUACGUGUACGAGAUGACUACCUCGUUCGAUCGUUCAAGGAUGCUCGCUAUUAUACCGUGCCGAAAAAAGAAGCCAUUGAAUUCACGAAAGAAUUGGGUAAUAAAGUGGAGAACAGCGGACUGAAAGUUGCAGUGGAGAAAGCGUUGUUGUUUCUGGAAAAGAAUGAAUUACCACCACAUUGGGAUAGAGAUUCUCUCUUUGGAAAUGCCGUAUCGAGCGGAAACAGCGAUUCCGACGCGGAUCUGGAUUCUGACAGUUCAGACGACGAGCCUCGCGAAGAGAAAGAUCAUUUCGUAGCCCAGUUAUAUAAGUUCAUGGACGAUCGUGGAACUCCGAUAAACAAUUGUCCGAUGAUCGGAAAUGAGGAUAUCGAUCUUUAUCGUUUAUUUCGAGCUGUUUAUAAACUCGGUGGUUAUAAUCGUGUAACCAAUCAGAAUCUGUGGAAAUCGAUUACGCGGAGAUUGAGUUUUACAAUGCAAUCGACACCUUCGACGCACAAUCUCGUAAAACAGGCGUACAAAAAGUUUUUACACUCUUUUGAGGAUUUUUAUAGAAAAUUGGGUUGCACGAUGGUAAACCAUCCACGCGGUGCGACGAGAAAACCAAGACCGGGGCGCAGUUUGAUAAGAGAUAAAGAUCGGAACACGCCUGUUCCGCCGAAUCAGGCGACGACUCCGGUCCCGAAAACGAGCUCGGAGCGCGAUAAGCACGAGAACGAGGAGGAAACACCGGUCGCUCAAGCAUCGCCGGGCGUUUCGUCGGCAUCGCCGCAACAGCAGCAAGCUACUUCUCAACAAACAGAAACCCGGACGCCACCCCCAGUUUCUGCGAGCGUUGUCGCGUCCCUAAAGAAAUCUCUUGUUGAAGAGGAAAAAAAAGAGAAACGUAUCGAGCCUACCGUAGCUCCAGCGCCUCCAACCUCCAAGGAAAUAACAAAAGAAGAGGAGCCAGGCAGAACCACGACGAAGAAAAAAGAAAUAAUCGAAGAGCCGAUAAGUGGUCAAGAGAGUGACGUCAAUGUUGAGGCCGAGGGUGGUGAAUCUUCGAGCAGUGAAAAGUCUUCUACUAAACCGACGGCGCGUUCCACUCCUGUACCUGCUGCGGCCGCGACUCCUGCUGCUGUUGCUACUGCUGCUGCUGCUGCUGCUGCUGCUGCUGCUGCUGCUGCUGCUUUACCCGUAGCUGGUAGUGCUCGUACGAAAAAUUCAACGAAAACGAAAGAGGAAACGAGUACGAAAAAGAAAAUACACGAAAAACGGAAAGGGCAAGAAAGCGCGUCAUCGGGAGUAGCGACGUCUUCGAACGCACCGAGUUCCGCGCUCGGCACAAGCGCAAGUGCAACAAAUGCAACAAGCGCGUCAGCGAGCACAAGCGGUGCAACGUCAAAGAGGCUCGAGAGUUCAUCGAAGCGAGAAGAUAAAUCGAAAGACGAGGAAUCAACGAAAACACGUUCAAAGUCGAAGGACGACGCGAGCAAAGCAAAAGCCAACGUCGAAGCGGCUCGUGAAACGCGCACUCCGUCCCGCGAAUCAGAUAAAACUCGGGCCAAUCCAACGAAACAACGUCGUAUGACCGACGAGGAGUUGAAGAAGCAACAACGUGGCAGGAAAAAGCGUGAAAAUGAGACUGAGAAGUCACGCUCCGAGAAGGAUGACAGCAGUGGAGUUGAGAGCAAUGCCGCGACAGCACCGACUUAUAAAGGCCCCAUCGAGCUCGGGGACAGACUCAAAGUUUAUUACGGGCCGACUCACGAGUCGAAAGUAACGUACGAGGCCAAAGUCAUCGAUAUCGAAAAGGUCGGAAGUUCCGAGGCUGCUUACCUCGUGCAUUAUACCGGCUGGAAUACGCGGUACGACGAGUGGAUAAAACCGACGAGAAUAGCUCAAAACUUCACGCAGUCGCAGAGUCGUAUAAAACGUACGAAAGCGACGCCCCGUCCUCAGACUCCUAGCAGUGCCGCGGUUGCCGGUACCAAAACUUCGAAAGCUUCUUCCACCGGCAACAGCGUACCGCCUGGUUUGCAAAGCCGGCGCCGGGCGCAGCACAAUUCCGGAGGAACAGCAGCAAAUUGGUCGGGAACGAAUUCAAUAUCGUCGAAUUUGUCUGCCGGAGCGAGUUCUUCGAACGGAUCGUCCUCGUCCUCGACGGGGCUUACCAAGGACAAGGAAUCCGCAAAUUUUCAACCAACGAGAUCGACGACGCCACUGUCCGUAGCGAGCUCGAGCUCGAGAACAAAGAGCCCGGCAACCCCAGCGACUUCCGGACGUCCAGUAAGAAACACCAGGAACGCCGAUCACGGCGUCGAGCUACGAAGGCAAACUCGUCGGAUGUCCACUCGCAUGGAUAUGGUACAUUAUUGCACGGAGAGCGACGACAGCGAGACUUACGAAGUAGCCGAGGAGCCACGAAGACGAAGGGUUUAUCGACGCAGAGUCGACGAGAGAAUCAAGAACGAGGAAAACAGCGAAAUCGAGGAGGAUGAGAAAGACGUUGUUCAAGAGCCGAGACGGACGAGAAGGUUACGUAGAACCGUGACCAAAGGCAAAGACACUAAAAUAACUUGUAUCGACGGGGGAGCCGGAGCGGACGGCGACGAGGAGGAAGACGAAGGCGAGGAAGAAGAGGAGGACGAAGAGGAACCCGACGAGGAAGAAGAAGAAGAGGAGGAGGAGGAGGAGGAGGAAGAGGAGGAAGAGGAAGCCGACGAGGACGCCGAUGAGGAAGACGAUGCUGACGAGGUCGAAGAUGUGCCGGAUGAGGAAGUUACCGCACCGACGAUUCUAGCAAAAGCGUCAACCGCGAUACCACCGAUCCCAACUAAUAGUUCACCUUCCUCGAGCAACAACGCCGAGGGGUCGAGCGUCGCGAGCCUGCCGGCUUACGAGCGUUCCAAUGAGCGUCACGAUGAACAACCGAAGGGUCGUGAUUUUGAUCUCAAUCAGAUUAGAUCGGAACUCAAAGGUUUUGACAAAGCGGUGAAAUUGGAACUCGUAAAGUUCGAGACCGACGAGGCUUGUUCCGGGGAACAAGCAGGAGAAACCAGCGUGAAAUCCGAAUUUCCUUCGGAUUUGGAUAAAAAACCUGCUAAAGAAGAGAAGAAGAUCGACGGAUCGAAGAUAAUCGCUGAUUAUCCGGACACAAAACCGAUUUUGGAUAACACCGGUGCUGUCGUAAGCGCUGUUAAAAAAUCUGCCUCGCCGUCGCCACCGCCACCACCGCCACCGUCGCCACAAACACCGAUCUCGCAGAGUCAAACGGUUCCCGUUUCGACCGCUCCUCCAACGAGCGCCGUAGCACCGACUGCGCCGCCAUCGCCGGUGCCACCACCCCAGCCACCCACCGAAGACAUUUACGAGUUCAAAGAACCCGAACCUUUCGAGUUCGAAGUCCGCAAUAAGCGCGAUUCUUCCGGCGACAAGGACAAACCAAAGAAACGAGUUUUCGACGAGGAGCCUAAGAGUCCAAAGAAAAAGCAAAAAACAUCCAUGAGCCCCUUGCCCAAAGAGCCGAAGAGCGAUACCGACAAUACGAGCGUCGAGCAGAAGAGAAAAGUGCGCAGGAACGCGACUAAGAAAAUCGAGGAAACCCUUGAUUCAUCCUCGACGGCGGCGGCAGCAGCUGCAAUCUCAACCACGAACAAGAUUUCAUCCUCGUCAACCGGGAUGAAAGAUAAUUCCGAUAAAUCCAACCUCGCCAGCUCGAUUAAUCAACCAAAACCUCUACCAACUUUACCGCCGCCGUUACCUCCGCCUCCGCCGCCCCCGCCGCCGCCUCCGCCCCCGCCAGGCUCGGAGGAGACGAAAAAAUCAAGUGCGACCGUUGAUCUGUUGUUCACCGAUUUGCCAAAAGCCGAGGACGACUCGGUCGACCACGACGAUCCCGAGGACCGUCUUGUUAUUUCGGAAACUGAAAUUCCAGAAAGUGAACAAGUUACUCUCUUCGCUUAUCAACAAGAGAGAGCUGGCGCGAGCAGCGACGCGAAGCCCGAGAGAAUAGAAUUCAGUGGCGCAACUGUCGAAACUCCGAAGUCGUUGGUCGCUUCGAUCAUCUCGACGAGCGUUAUUUCAGUAACGAGCUGCAGCACGAGCGCCGCGGGUACCUCGUCGUUAGGUUCGACGGAUCGAAAAACGCUCGACGUUGCGAGAACGGGGGGAAGCGGCGUUUCCUCGAGCGCAACGUCAGCUCUGCCGACUCCGGUUCCAAUAAGCGCAAGACUGCCGGCAACGUCGACCAUCGAAGAAAAAUUAUCAGCCGCCGCGUUGGCCUUCCGUCAGGUAAGAUCGAAAGAGUCCAAACGCGAGGAAGACAACUCCGAGACAGCGAAGAAAAAUGUUAAGGAGGCGAGCCACAAAAAAUCAGAAAGCUUGGCAGCCAAGCGAAAAGCGAACGACGAAUUGGCCAAGAUGGGAAAGUACGAGACGGAGAGCGCGGCGAGGAAGCGCGAGAUCGCCGCGGAAGAGACGACGAAACAAGAGGAAGAGCGCAGCCGGGAAGCCAUGCGCGCCGCGAUUAAACUCAAGGAAGAAGAGCUCGAGCAAUUGAAGAUGCGAAAAGAGGCGGAAUUGAAGAAGAUGGCCGAGGCUAAGGCGUCUGCGGAAAACCGUAAUAAAGUCGCGGAUAAACGUAACGAGGACGAUUGGAACAAGCGGAAAAUUCACGAGAUGCAAAUUGAGUUCGGAGGCAGCUCCAGUGAAGCGUCAACGGUGAGCAAUAAUCGCGAGGAGGAGCAACAGCAUAAAGAGGGCUUGGCCGAUCGUCAACGGGACAAGAGAAAGAAGAUCAUCAGCCAGGAAUUCGUCGACUCUACGGACAGCAGUGAUUCGGAGCAAAAAUUGGUGAUCGACAGUGUAGCCGAGGUACGCGAGGAGAAAGUAGCUUCCUCGAAUUUCGACACGAAACUCAAAAGCGAGCUGGAACUUUUCCACCAGCAAAGUUCCCAGCAAGAGAGCUUGGACGUUAAUUUGGGACGAUCGAGCAAUAUUCAAAAUCCUUGUCUUCGGGGGAUUCAGCAACAGGCGCAGCUCUCCUCAAUAACGACAAAAUCUACCCCAAAAACUGAGGACGAAGGUGAAAAUAUGAGCUCGCUUUUGUGCGAAGAGGAAAUACCCGGUUCCCCGGCACCGGGGCCCGAGAUCAUUGAUCAGGAUGGUAGCGGCGAAACUCGGACGAUUCCGAAGGACGAGCGUGGGGAGAAAAAAAUGGUCCUUUUGGAAAUGCCUUUCGCCAGCGCACCGACAGCUGGUUCGCAAAGCAGUACGACCAGCGCCGUCAACGUCGGUCCUAGUCUCGGUGUUCCUAUCUCUAAUGCUUGCAAUGUUGCCGUAUCCGUCGCUCUUCAAAUGCAACAACAGCAACAAGUCGCCAGCGUGGUGGGAUCGCGGCAUCAGCCACCUCACCAAAUCCAGCAGCCGCAGCAACCGCUGCAACAACAGGUUGCCGGAGGUGCGAUAGUUCAGCGACGAGAGAGCAACGAAGCAGCUCCGGUUAUGGACAACACGCCACCGACCACUCCGGAUUCCACGAUCUCCAAUAUUUCGGGAUCACCGAGAGAGGAAGAAAGAAUUGGUGUUUCCUCGCCAUUGUCCGAGGAAAAUGUUAAAUCUCAUCGAGACAGCUCCGAGGCCGAUGACAGCGGGGCUGGGAAAGCUCCUUCUGGCUACAGCGAGGAUGACACCCUCGCUAACGUCGAAGUCAACAACGCUACCGAAAAAACGUUGAAAACCUCUGUCAAAAGAUCCAUCGAAGAUCCCCAAUCACCCAAAAAACGAAAACGAAAUCGCAAACAUUCCGAACAAUGCGGCAGCAGUGUUAACGUCGUUGUGAAAAAACCACUUGGAAGACCACCCGCGAGCACAAGACAGACGAGACACGGAACCGCUCCUGCCGGAAGUGACAGUGAUGACACUAGCGAAUCUUCCAAUCCGUACGCCAUGGGCACCACAACCGGUGUUGGCCUAACUCCUAGCGGUACUACCAUCGCUGAUAACAAUGCUAUUGCAACUGCUAUCACAGAAUUGAGCAAUUCGUCGAGGUCACCGAAACCCAUGAAGUACAAUUUCUUCGUUGAACUCGAUCCCGAGCUCGACGGUAGCCAAAGGAUAGCUGUACUCCAACAAAAACUUACGGAACUGAGAAAAACUUAUAACGCAGUGAAAGUUGAACUUGCGGGUAUCGAGAGACGGCGAAAAAAAUUGAGAAGACGAGAGCGUGAGGCUUUGAAGGCUGCAAAAGCGGAGAUGCAGCAAGCGUGCUCUUGAUCAAAUCGCAAUCAUCAUCAUCAUCAUCAUCAUCAUCAUCACCAUCAUCAGCGACACACAUUUUAAUCUAUUGUAACGUACUCUAUAGAUUUGUAUGGCGUUAAAAUUUGCAUUAUCGAAAACACCCGUAAAUUAUUCGUAUCGUUUAUCAAUUUUUCAAUUUUUAAAUCAACUAAAUUUCAUCCCUGGGUCUGAACGAUUUUUAUAGCUCAAAUUGAAUUUCGGGCGUUCUUCAAAAUAAUCAAGAAGAAUUUUGUCCGAUUGGCAACGAUGCAAAAUUUUAAUACCACAGAUUCUUUCGUUUUGUUAUUCAAUUCGAUUAUCCUUAUAUGUACAUAAAUUCGACGACGAAAAUUGUAAUUUAAUCGCGUUUUCCAAGCAAUUCUUAUGAAAUCUCAAAAACGAGACAAUUGUGAUUGGUAAAUCAAUUUUUACGAAAAUUAAGAGAUAAAAGGAAAAACCGAUUACCUUACCCAUUUAUAUAACAUUGUAGAUACAGUUGGUAAGAUUUAGUUGUAAGAAGAUUUAUAUUCAUCACAAUCGAAUAUAUAUAUAUAUGAAUGUGUGUACUAUAUAUAGAAUUUACAUGUUUAUGUAUACGUUUUAAGUAUACCCAUAGAGAAUCGUCGAAUUGUUCUACUGGACUUGCAUUCUCGAAUCGUCGACGUUAUAGAAACGAGAAGAAAGCAAACGAAACAUACGAAAUAUUACAAUUUGAUUGAACAAGUUCAAAAAACAAAUACAAUUGAUGUUGUUUUUAUCGUCGAGAAAAUUGUUGCAUAAUUGAGAAUAACUUAUCAUUAAAUUGUAACAGUUAUGCAUACCUUGCGUCCACAAUCGCAUACAAAUUUUUCAUUAACGUGUAUUUUCUCAAAAAGAAAUCUCUAAUUCGACUCUUUUCAUCUCUCUACCGCGGCAGCAAUUUCAUAGGACUUAUUUUCAAUCAUUCUCACCGCUUUAUUGAUUAUUCUUGUAUUAUACGGGAAUUAUAUGAAAAAAGUUUAGUUGCGCGUCCAAGACCGUAAUGAGAAUCUCGAGUGAAAGAAGAAGCAGGUUUUUUGUGUUGUAAAACAUCCAAGAUUGAAGCACUGGUUAAAUUAUUCGUACGGCAGUGUAUUUUUAUUAGAUCCUUUGGUAGGGAGUGUAUGUGUUUUUUUCUGUGCGUUUGGAUCAUCACGCUCGAAUUUUUCGGCGUAUGUGCGUCAGUGAAGAAAAAAAAUUGAUCGAGCUGGUGACAUUGAAAUUUGCAUUGCCGAUAUUUACACUAAAAUGCAUCGUAUAUGAUAAUAGUAAUAAUUAUUAUACAAGUAUCAAAGUACACGGUGGUCGAAAUUUAUUUCACAACUUUUGUUCACGUACAUAUUUCUGCGAAUAUUUCGUUUUUCAUCUCUUAUUCAUUUUUUUUCACUAUUUUUCACAUUUUUUUAGACGAAUUCACAAAAUUUAUGAUCUACAGAAACUUUGAAGCUUUCACUAUUCCUGCAAUAAUUUGCUAAAAAAUAUUGUGUACAACACAAUGAUUUUUUUUCCCUCUUUGCGUGAAUGCGUUUCAUGAGUGUAAAUAAUUAAAAAAAAAAAAUUAAAAAAACGUAUGAAUUACAAGGAAUAUUUUUUCGGCAUCGAUUCACUUUAAUUUUGCUUACACGUAAUGAGAACAAAAAACGUUGCUACUAAAAAACAUACAUAUCAAUUCCGGUAAAAUUCGAGUCUGUUCAAUUCUUUAGCUUACAAACUAUUGCAUAUUAGUUCUCAUUCUGUUCCGGUGAAUAGAAAAAUUUCGAAUGCCGCUUAUCAUUUUGAUGAAUACGUGAGAGAAAAAAUGUAACUCCGAAUUGGCCAUAUGGAUAUUAUUGAAUUCAACAUGGCACUCUGUACUUAUUUAUCCUGUCAAUAUUUUUAAAUAUCAAUUGUAAAUAUCCAAGACAAGCGACAAUUAUCUCAAUGAAUUUUCAAGCUUUCCGGAUAUAAAACAAAUAAGAUCAAAGAAUUGAAAGGAAUAUUUGACAUUUUUGACAAUUAGUUUUUUCUUAAUCUAGUACGAAUAAAAUAAUUAGUACAGAAUAAAUAUAUAUAUAUAUAUAUAUAUAGGAUAAAUAAUAGAGGGAUUACGGAUCCAAAGUGUAACAAGAUUUGGUCGCUGUUAAAAUCUAAUGCACGAUUGAAAUAUGCGAAACAAAUGUGCUCUAUUAUUAAAAGUUGCAAUCGAAAGUAAGUACUCAUCCAACUUUGUACCAGAUAAUUCAAUCAAAUUCAUAAUUAAAACAAAAAGCGGAAAGUUAA